AUGGUCAACGCGCUAAGACCACCUCCAGAAGUGGUGGCUUCCUGGCCAAAGCCCAACUUCGUCAACUCGGAGACUCACGGCCCAGGUCUUAUGGUGGUGGCAUCCAUGCUGCCCUCUAUCGCCGUCGGAGUUGUUGCAACGCGACUCUACGCCAGAAUCUACAUCACACGGGCAUUCGGCAUUGAUGACGUGCUUAUUGUGGCGGGAUUGGUCUUCGGUAUAGCGCUGUCAUGCCUCGUGAUGGUUGGAAACCAGGUAUACUACAAUGGGUAUCACAUAUGGGACACCCCUCCAGCGAGCGCUGUACCACACAGGCUCAAUGUAUGGAUUGCCCAAGUGUGCUACACACUAUCCCUGUCAUGUGUCAAAAUCAGUGUCCUCCUCUUCUACCGCCGCCUCAGUGUGUCAUUCACAAGAGGCUUUCUUAUCGCCGUCUGGAUCGGAAUAGCAUAUAACAUUGUCUACGUGGUCGGCUUCAUCAUGGCAUUGUGCCUGCUUUGCCGACCUCUGGACGCGUACUGGAAGAGUUUCAACUUGGAGUACUAUGCCACGGCCAACUUCACAUGUGGCAGCGAGCAGAUUGCGGAACCGUUGUCUGCUAUAUUCAGCGUCAUCGGCGACGCCUACAGCACUAUUCUGCCGCUUGUCCUGGUCAGCCGGCUAUCGCUUCCAUCACGUCAGAAGUGGGCGCUCUACUUCCUCUUCAGCCUAGGGUUCUCGGUCGUGAUAUGUGGUGCAGUUCGCAGCUACUACAUGUACCGAGUCGUCAACGUCGACUAUGACUUCACCUGGACGCUCUGGAAGAUAUGGGUAUGGGGAGAAUUCGAGUUGUGGCUGGCGGUGUAUGCGGCUAGUGCCCCGGCUCUAAAGCCAUUCUUCAAGCGUUACGUCGACAGAUUAUCCACGAGCAGCGCCUCAAGACACGGACCAAACCAAGUCUACCUGGUUCGCGGCGAUGCCCACGGAGGUCUUGGCAGGGUCGAGCGAAUCUGGGUGACCAAGAAGCGCAAACCUGAUGCCUAUCUGGAAUUGUCAAGUGAUCAGAAAACAAAGCGGGAUGAGCUUGCCAAGAAAGACAACCAUAUCAUGAAGUCAGUGGAAUAUGAUGUCGAGCCAUACGAUGUGGAAGCCUUGCCUCCGCUUUCAACAAAUGCUGGACCUUCAACUGCAAAGAAUCGUAUGGGUAGGAACCGAUGA